AUGGCUUCCGCCUCCUCGCUCCCUUCCGACCUGGUCCUCGUUGUAUUCAUCCACGGUUUCAAGGGGAGCGAGAACACCUUUGCUAGAUUUCCAGAGAGGCUGCAACAUAUCCUGACCGAAACGAUUCACGACGCGGUCGUUGAGUGUGUCGUAUUCCCUGCAUAUGAAGUGAGCUUGGCAGAAGCAGUGGUCCGCUUUGCAGAUUGGCUUACGAACCUAGCCGUACAACGAGAAAAUGGCAGCGGCUUGGGUGGAGGUGCAGGCAAAGCAAAGAUUGUCUUAUGCGGCCACAGCAUGGGAGGGCUUCUUGCUGCAGAUACAUUGAUUGAAUUUGUGCGCACUCGGCCUGAUCCAUUAGCUCCGCUGUGGCCCAACAUCGUAGCCUGCAUCUCCUUUGAUACCCCAUAUUUAGGCCUGAACCCCGCCGUCUUCAAAAACGGUGUCACUCAAGCGGCCUCUUACGUACGCGAUGCUUUCACCACCUUGCGGUCCUUUACCUCCAGUAAUCCCCCUUCCGCCACUGCAUCAAGGGCAGCCAUCACUGCUGCCCCUAAUGUAGCAGCAUCAACUUCUAUGUGGCAGAAGUGGGCGCCUGGAUCAUAUGCGGUCGGCGGUGCGUUAUUGGCAGGCGCCGCGCUGGGAGCCGCGUAUUAUAAGCGGGAAGAGCUCGACUGGGGAUACAAAUGGGCCACAGACCACAUGAAGUAUGUAAGGGCACUUUUGGACGAGAAUUCCCUGCAAAGGCGACUACAGAGGCUCGUGGAGAUCGAAGAAGAGAUGGGCGUGGUCUUCAGGGCUUUCUACACCUUCGUUCCGCCCAAACCUCCAUCCUCUCCCUCUCCUCGGACGUUUAUCGUGCUCCCAAAGAAGCCUGCCCAGCUGGUUGAGCAUUUCGUGCAGGCCACGAACUCGCUGGCGGCCGACGAGGUCUCAGCACAUACGGGGAUGUUCGACGUCAAGGCGAACGACGGAUACUACGCGCUCGGCCUCACGACGGCGCAGUUCAUCCGAGAAGCUGUCGUAUGCAGCAGGAAAACUGCGAGCGAGUCUCAGGAAUUGGUGCAUCCCGCUGCCGACUCUGCAGUUCAUGUCCCAGCGGAGCAAACGGAAGAGCAGCUGCUACUCGAUUGACAUUCCGAGACGACGUAAAGUCUCCGUCUUUGAGCAGCUGCUUGAUAUUCAAUUCUCUCUCGGAGAAUUCUGACUUGUUGUGUACGCUAUUUCCCGUAUACCUUGUAUUUUCUUGAGAAAGAAAUUACUUCGUGGCAUCCUUCAAUGACAGGUGCAUGGCAAAUGCAUCCUCUCCAUCUGCAU